AUGCCACACAAAAUAGAAGGCUUCUUGUUUUUACUUCUCUUUGGCUAUGAAGCCACACUGGGAUUAUCGUCUACUGAGGAUGAGGGCGAGGACCCCUGGUACCACAAAGCGUGCAAGUGCGAUUGCCAAGGAGGCACCAACACCCUGUGGUCUGUGGGUGCCACCUCCUUAGACUGCAUACCGGAAUGCCCAUACCAUAAGCCCCUGGGUUUCGAGUCAGGAGAGGUGACCCCAGAGCAGAUCACCUGCUCCAACCCGGAGCAGUACGUGGGCUGGUACUCCUCGUGGACCGCCAACAAGGCCCGGCUCAACAGUCAAGGCUUUGGGUGCGCCUGGCUCUCCAAAUUCCAGGACAGCAGCCAGUGGUUACAGAUAGACCUGAAGGAGGUCAAGGUGAUUUCAGGGAUCCUCACCCAGGGGCGCUGUGACAUCGACGAGUGGAUGACCAAGUACAGCGUGCAGUACAGGACUGAUGAGAGCCUGAACUGGAUUUACUAUAAGGACCAGACCGGAAAUAACCGGGUCUUCUAUGGAAACUCAGACCGAACCUCCACAGUCCAGAACCUGCUGCGGCCCCCAAUUAUUUCCCGCUUCAUCCGGCUGAUCCCACUGGGCUGGCACGUCCGCAUCGCCAUCCGGAUGGAGCUGCUGGAGUGUGUCAGCAAGUGUCCCUGACGCCUCCUGCCUCAGCCUCGGCCCUCGGGGGGAGGGCGCAGAGGGCCUGGGGGACCCUGAUGCCGCACUGUGACAAACAAGGCCGUAUUUUACAAGCUGCUCUCGGGUUUUUUUUGUCUCCAUGAUGCUGUGAAAGGUGCAGUCCCAGGGGAACACGAAGCAGCCCUGAUCAUUCGAGAAUUCUUGUGCUUUACCACGUUCAAAACAGGAACAGAGAGUUUCAUAAACCCUCACUUUGAAUGCAAAGGGGGAGCAAGCUUGCAGUUUCUCCUAGCUAGGUUUUCGUUAAAUCAGGGCCUCUUAGGACUUUAGAGCACCGGGUAGGCAGAGUGAAAGUUUUGGGGCUGACUGGGUGGCGGCGUUGAGUAUGGUGGAUGGGAGCCUGUGUCCUGGUCUCCUGAGAGCCAUACACGUCCAAACGCCUCACGUAGGAUGGCCUCCCCUGCCCCGGGCUCUCGUCUCCUGCACACAGAGAUUGUGCAUGGGCCCAUGCUGCAGCCCAUUUCAGGCCAACUGUCCUUCUGUGGUCACUAUUUAGGUGAAUACACGGGGCAGGCUGCAGGUGUCAGUAGCAAAGUUUCCCUCUAUUUAGGAACCCCAAACGACCAGAACACACUGGAAUUUCCCUUUCGCUAUGGCUACCAUUCUUCAACAAGCCUAACACUUUGAAAACAGUUGGCCCAGGAGCUAUCACUGGCCGCUGGGAGGAGGCCCAUUAACUGACUACAUGCUUUGCAGGAAGUGGUCAGGACCUACACCCUAAGAAGGGCAAUGUGGCUACAUCCCUGCAGAGCCCAACCGUCCAACCUCUGCCCCCUGGCCUUGCAACACACAAACACACCUGCUCCUGAUGCUUAAACCUCCCUGGGAAGGAACGAGCCUGGAACGGGCCUGGGCCUCCCCUCCUGGAGGAGCUCCUUAAGCAGGGAGCUGGGGGAACAGUGUAAGUCUCCUCUGUCAUUUAUAGCCCCUGAAAAGACCCUUCCCUGGGACAGGCUGAUGACAUGGGGGAUGGGCAGGAGAGGAUUUGAAAGUAGGAGUUGAGAGGGGGUGGAAUCAGAGGAUGUGGGUCCUCCAACGAGACUGGGGAAUCCAAGACCGUCCUGACUCCGACGCGGUGCAGCCUUCGCCAGCAGCUCCUUUCUCUGAGUUCCUUUCUGUUUUCAAACGCCAAGCCCAGUGAAUGGACUCACACUAACACGAUCCUGAACAUCACAUUCGCCUUCUCUGUGAGCGGGCAGCUGCCUAAAGGCCCAAAAUCUCUUCCCUGGUGUUUUUGGGCUUAGAACAACUUCAUACAUACAUAUAUAUAUACAGACACUUUUUUUUUUUUUUGGCGAGGAAGAUUUGCCCUAAGCUAACA